CCCUCGCCCCGCCGCAGCCAUCUCCGCCCCCUCACCCCGCCGCCUGCCUUCUCUGCCCGCUCGACCGGCGGUUUUCUUCUCGCCCCCGUGGGUUGGCGGUGUGCCUCCUUGGCGGCACUCGACGGAACGUGCCCCGCCCCCCCUCUGCUCCAAAGCCCGAGAAGUCGACUCCACCCGCCCUAACUUGCCGCCUGGUUCCGUGGCUCGCCGUCGACUCUACCCGCCCCGCCCCUGCCCUGCUCCACCACGCCCAGCCGGCAGCCCGCAGCCGCCCAGACCGCACUCGGCAGUCGACGCCCAGCGCCCGUCGUUGCGCACCUGCAGAAGGCACGCGGCCAGCCGCCCAGCCCGAUUUGAGGAAUGCUACUACUUACUACUGAAUCAUAUUGAAGAACAGAAUGUCAAUUAGGACCACAUGAUUACAUAUAUGUAUCAAACGUGGAAGAAUGAACACAUGCGCAUAGUCUUCUUUGAACUUUUCUAGGGUGGACCACCCUGUUUCAAAAUCAUAGACCCGCCACCGCCGAGGCCCUACCCUUCCUCCUCCCCGUCGCCGGCGCAGAAAAAAAAUCCGGCGAGCUAGCACUGCAUGCCUGCCGUGGCGAGCUUCAGGGCCCGGGCGUCUGCGCCAGCACCAGAGAUGCCGUCCUUCUCUUCCGGCGCUUCUCCGCAGAAGCAGCAGCAUAACGCGCGGAGGAAGCAGCUGAUUCGUCAGCAGAGGAAGUCGCUUCCCAUCGCGUCAGUGGAGAAAAGACUUGUGGAUGAGGUGAGGAAGAAUGACACGCUGAUUGUUGUCGGCGAGACCGGUAGUGGCAAAACGACUCAAUUGCCACAGUUUUUGUAUGAUGGUGGGUUUUGUCAGGAUGGAAAAGUCAUCGGCAUCACUCAGCCUCGAAGAGUUGCAGCUGUGACAGUAGCAAAGCGUGUCGCCGAGGAAUGCAAUGAUCAGUUGGGCAGAAAGGUUGGAUACUCUAUAAGAUUUGAUGAUUCCACAUCUAAUGCAACAAGGAUUAAGUACAUGACCGAUGGUUUGCUUCUAAGGGAAGCCCUUUUGGAUCCACUCUUGUCUAAGUAUAGUGUUAUAGUUGUUGACGAGGCCCACGAAAGAACCGUCCAUACCGAUGUAUUGCUGGGUUUGUUGAAAAAAGUGCAGCAUUCCCGAUGUCUUCAUGCGAAUAAAAAUGGAAAGAUUUCUGGCAGACCAGAUCACUCUCAAUCUUCUACCUUGAAGGCAUGCCAGGGAAUAAAGAUUGCACCUCUAAAGCUGAUUAUUAUGUCUGCUAGUCUGGAUGCCAAGUGUUUUUCUGAUUAUUUUGGUGGCGCUAAAGCUGUACAUAUUCAAGGACGGCAAUACCCCGUCGACACACUGUAUACUUAUCAGCCUGAGUCGGAUUAUCUAGAUGCUACACUAGUUACGAUCUUUCAGAUCCAUUUGGAGGAAGGACCUGGAGACAUUCUUGCAUUUUUAACUGGUCAAGAGGAGAUUGAAUCACUAGAGAGGCUUAUUCAAGAGCGUGCUCGUCAAUUUCCAGCAGAUAGUAGCAAGAUAUGGAUUACACCUAUCUACUCAUCUCUUCCAUCAGAACAGCAAAUGAAUGCAUUUAAGCCAGCACCAUCUGGAGCCCGGAAGGUAGUUCUAGCAACGAAUAUUGCAGAGACUUCUGUAACAAUACCUGGUAUUAAAUAUGUUAUUGAUCCUGGUAUGGUCAAAGCACGCGCCUACAAUCCUGUAACUGGAAUGGAGUCCCUAAUCAUCAUCCCUGUCUCUAAAGCACAGGCUCUUCAAAGGAGUGGCCGUGCUGGACGUGAGGGGCCAGGGAAGUGCUUUCGGUUGUUCCAAGAAUGCGAGUUUGAUAAAUUGGCAGAAUCGACCAUUCCUGAGAUUAAACGAUGUAACCUCGCAAAUGUUGUACUACAGCUCAAAGCUCUUGGGAUUGAUGACAUCAUAGGUUUCGAUUUUAUGGAGAAACCAUCAAGGACGUCCAUUUUGAAAUCAUUGGAGCAGUUGAUUUUACUAGGAGCUUUGACUGAUGAUUAUAAGCUGUCAGAUCCAGUGGGUAAACAGAUGGCUAGGCUGCCUUUAGAUCCCAUGUACUCCAAGGCAUUGAUAGUGUCGAACGAAUUCAAGUGCUUGGAAGAAAUGUUGAUUGUUGUUUCUAUGCUUUCAGUGGAGUCAAUUUUCUUCACCCCACGUGAGAAGUUGGAAGAGGCAAGAGCUGCUAGGAAGAGUUUUGAAAGCUCUGAAGGAGACCAUAUAACUUUGGUGAAUGUAUAUCGAGCUGCCGCAGAAUGCUUGGAGAAGAGCAAAAACGCAAAUGCCAAAGAAAAAACAAUGGAAAAGGCUUUGAACAGAUGGUGCUUUGAGAACUUCAUCAAUUACCGCUCUCUAAGACAUGCUCGUGAUGUUCACAGCCAAAUCCAGGGCCAUGUCCAACAAAUGGGGCUUAACCUGUCAUCGUGUGGAGACGACAUGGUCCAGUUUCGGAGGUGCCUCACUGCCGCCUUCUUCCUGAACGCGGCGAUGCGACAGCCAGAUGGAUCAUUCAGGGCGCUGGCGACGGGGCAGAGCGUGCAGAUGCACCCUUCGUCGGUGCUGUUCCGGACCAAGCCGGACUGCGUCGUCUUCAACGAGCUGGUCCGGACGACACAGAACUACGUCAAGAACCUCACCCGCAUCGACCCGCUGUGGCUGGCCGAGCUCGCCCCGCAGUACUACGCCACCGAAGACUAGUUUUUCUUCUUUAGCCGUAGUUCCUUGUAAGUUGCAAACGACGACAUGUAGUGGCAACCUGACGAUAACGCAUGAUCGGAAUGCCAAAUGAGGUCGACGCCUGGCCGCUGUAAGGUGGGAAAAAUAAUACUACUACAUGGUUUUUAUUGUCUUUGCAGUUAUCAGCCAAACUGGGUGAGACCGUGAGUCGCCACUGUGAAUGCA